CGAUUUGUUCAUGUUCCCUCUCUUGUCAAGCGCACUACGAGCACGACUGCCGGUUUUCCCGAAGAACGUACCGUUCCGGAGGGUUGCUCUACCAAUAACCAGGGCAUCUGUACUCGUCUCGUCGCAACACCAAGGGCAUACACUAUGAGCUGCCCGCAGUGCAGAGAAGGCUUCAUCCUUCCCGGAGAGCCCGAGGGAGAGAUGGUCAAGGUCGGGGCGACCGACGCGUACCUCCACCGCGCGAGUGAACCUACAAGCUCACGCGCAGUGGUACUCCUCACGGAUAUCUUCGGGCUCCCACUGAAGAACUCCAAGAUCCUUGCCGACAAGAUAUCGACGAGACUAGGUUGCGAUGUCUGGGUCCCGGAUUUGUUCAAUGGCCGUCCACCUCUGGAUAUCUACGACUUGGAGGGUAUCAUACCAGAAAAGCCAGGUCAGAAAAUAACCUUCAUAGCGAGGUUGAAAUUCCUGUGGCUCGCCCUCCGCCGAGGCUUGGGUUUCUAUAGGUCUCGGCGCGCCGUCGUUGACCCUAGGACAGAGUCCUUCGUCAGGAAGCUGAGGGAGGAGAAGAAGUACGGCAAGAUCGGCGCUGUCGGGUACUGUUUCGGGGGCUCUUUGGGCCUUCGUCUCGCGAACAAGGACGUCUUUGACAGUCUAGUGAUCUGCCAUCCUGGUAAAACUCCUGUGGAAUUAGUAAAGCAAAUCAAGAUUCCAACGUCAUGGGCUUGUGCGGAAGAUGACAUGGGAUUCAAGACAGAUCAGCGCCAUGCAGCAGAAGCCACAUUAGCUGAACGCAAGGGGAAGCCUGAUUUCACCGAAUACGAGUUCAAAGACUACAAAGGAACGGUUCACGGCUUUGCCGCUAGGCCACGCCUGGAGGAUCCGGACGCGAAAGCGGGUUUCGAGGGUGCUCUUGAACAGACGGUGGCUUGGUUUGAGAGGACAUUAUCAUAGUUUGUAGGGUAAUAGGCGAUAGUCGCCGCACGCCUUUCAUGUAUGUAGGUGCUAUGUCGCCCUCGUUAUAUCUGCACAUGACG